AUGGUAAAUACUAUUAAUAGUAUUGGUAGAGUAGAGAAAAUAAAAAAGGUAUAUGAAAAUAUUAUUUUAUCUUUACAACAACAACAACCAGGAGAUACUUCUUCUUCUUCUUCUUUAGAACCUAUCACUCUUUCCCAGGGCAGUAUAGAAUGUAUUCAUAGUAUGAAAAGUGAUGUGAAUCAAAGAUUAAUGUUUAAAGCACAUGAAUUGAUUGUUAGUUUGUUACUUUCUGGUGACCUUGCAAGAAAUGCUGUUGUCAAUGGAAUGGCAGCCGUUGUCAAGCCUCAAGACCUUUUAUUCAAAUCGAAAUGGAGUAAAAAAGAUAUGAAAGAAUCAAUGUUGUUUGAUAGUGAUCCUUUCAAUUGUAGCAUUUAUUUGGCUGGUAUAAUGGAAUAUAUAGUGACUAGACUAUUGGAAUUAUCUCUCAAAAUAGCUCAACAAGAUAACAACAAAUCUAUGAUAGAACCAGAACAUAUAAGAAGAGCUAUUUCCAAAGACAGUGAUUUAGAACAUUUAUUCCACGGUUCCACCAUUUCUGCUGAAACCAUUACCUUUAACUUUUCUGAAUUAACUAUCGUUGCUAAAGAAAAUAUUUCCAUCAAUCAAAUUACUAUAGUUAAUGAUGAUCAGCAGUAUACCCUUAAAGAUCAAAUUGUUGAUCUAAAAGAUGGUGAAUAG